UUUUUGUUGCAUACAAGAGACGGAUGGGCUUCCGUAAAAUAUAAAAGAAUACAAGUUAUUUAGGCUUUAGUUCGAUGUAUUUAAACAAUUCAAGCGCUUAUUUUCUUAUACGUUGUGCUAGUUUUGAAUUUUCAAAGAUCGCAAGUGAUGGGUGCCCAGUGAAAGUGAAGUUGCAGGCAUUUCCAUAUCCAUGUCCGCGGCAGCCACAGCAACAACAAAAGCGAAACGAAAGAAAAGUGAAAUUUGAGCAAAAGGAAUAGCGCAUGCUAGUCAAAACAACAAAGAAAUGGAAAAUUUGAAAAUUAGUGAAAAGCUAUUCGAGGAUGUGAUAUAUUAUGUGCUCGGCAGCUUGGAUGAUGAGAGCGAACGAUUGCUUAAGAACGGCGGGGCACAAUCGAAGCUUUAUCUCUCAGACCAAAUCACGCAUUUGAUAUGUGCCAGCAACUACUCCGAGGAGGAGCUGUCCAUGAAUCUGGACCUCUACAAUGUGAUACCUGUGAUCGAGCAAUGGAUAUCGCACAGCGUCAAAUUAGGUCGCAUGGCCUCCACGCGUGCUUUCGAUCCCAGUCAGCCACGUUUCCUGCGCGGCAUACGCGUCGCCAUCACGAACGUUGUGCCCAGCGAUCGCAGGCGCCUCUUUGCCAUGUUGACCUUCCACGGAGCCGUUGUUACCAGCACGUAUGGAGCAACCAAUACGCAUCUGGUAUGCGGCGCCGCCACUGGGACCAUUUACAAUAAAGCGCUGGCGCUGCCCAAAAAUGCGAUGAACAUUGUCACGCCUGACUGGGUCACCGAUUGCCUUAAAUUCAAAAGCUGCCUGUCAUGCGAACCCUAUCAUCCCAGAUUGUUGAAGCCGAUUGAAAAGCAACGCGCUCAGAAGCAGCAGCAACAGCAACAGCAACAAAAUCUACAGCAGCAGCAGCAACAACAGCAUCAACAGCAGCAGCAACAACUGCAACAGCAAUUAGCACAACAACAACAACAGCAGCAACAACAACAUAUGGUACAGCAAUUACCACCACCACAACAACAACAGCAGCAACAACAACAACAGCCUCCUCCAGCUGCUACGCAGCUGUCUGAUAUACUGGGCUUUGGCGAUGACAACGCCGCCAAGAGCAUAGCCAGCAUUAAAUCCCAGUUGCAGGCGUCGGCAGAGCGUGCCGCAGCCGAGCAACAGCAGCUGCAGCAGCAACAAUUACCACAGCCAGCGCAACAGCAAGUUGUCUUUGUGCGGCCACGCAAUCUGCAGCAACAACAACAAUUGCAACAGCAGUUGCAGCAACAGAAUGCACCGCAAGCGCCGCCACCACCACCGCCGCCCACGCAACAGCAGCAACAACAACAAAUCAUAAUACAACAACAAAAAAUCAUACCAGCCAACCUACAGCAACAGCAGCAGCAACAACAGAUCAAAAAUAUUUUGCAGCAACAGCGACAAAUGAAGAGUACGCAACAACAACAACAGCAGCAACAACAACAACAGCAGCAGCAGCAACAACAAAUGCAACUGAUGCAACAGGAGCAACAGCAACAAAACCUGCAGCAGCAGCAACAGCAACAAAACCUGCAACAGCAACAACAGCAACAAAAUCUGCAGCAGCAGCAGCAACAGCAACAACUUCUGCUUCAGCAACAACAACAACAACAGCAACAGCCUCGUCUGCCGACCACACCCACUAUGCCACAGCCACCCAUGCCCAGUGGACGACAAACUCCGCGCACUCCGCAACCUGCAACAACACCACAGCCCGUUCAAUCUCCGCAGCAACAAGUGGCGCAACAGCAACAGGUACCGCAGCAACAACAGCAGUCGGUGCCCGUCUCCCCCCAAGUUCUGCAUCAGCACAUAAUAAAUAAGCAGCAGAUGUUGCAGCAGCAGCAGAUGCAACUGCAUCAACACAUACAAAGUGGCCAGAGUUUGACGUCACAACAACAGGCGUUACAGCGGCAAAUACAGCAGCAACAACAGCAACUGUUGCAGCAGCAACAGCAGCUGCAAAUGCAAAUGCAGCAAAUGCAACAGCAGCAACAACAGCAGCAGCAGCAACAACCGCAGCAGCAAUCUCCACGUUUGGUUCAAAAUCGAUCGCCAGUCAUGCCGCCCGGCACACCAUCACCUUCGCUGCAGCAGCAACAGCACUUGAUCGCAAGCAGCAGCAACAUGUUGCCACCUCAAUCGCCGCGGCAAUUGCAAUCGCCCGCGCCACAAAUGACGCCGCCACCGCCACCCUCACCACAGAGUGCACAGCAGCAUUUGCGUCAGCAACAGCAACAAUUGCAGCAGAAUCGCCAGCAGCAGCAGCAGCAACACAUGAUGGGUAGUCCGCAACAGCAGCCGACGCCAACAUCCAUGAUGUCACCACAACAACAGCCAUUUCAACAACCGGUGCAUCAGCAACAACGCAUGCAAUUGCAGCAGCAGCAACAGCAACAACAACUUGCACAACAGCAACAGCAGCAACAAAGUCCGCAGCACAUUUCAGCGCCGCAAUCACCGCAAAUAUCACAAACACCACCCAUGGGCAACAAACAACAGCAGCAGACAGCACAGCAUCAGCAGCAGCAACAGCAACAGCAAUCCUUUGUCCAGCCCAUCGAUCCAACAGAUCCUGUGCAAGUGGCUCAAGUGCUCAGUCGUUCUACGUUGACAAGCAAUCAAGAUUCGCUGAUAAUGCGGCAGCAACAACUGAAGCAACAGCAGUUGCAGCAGCAGCAACAGCAGCAGCAGCAGCAACAACAGCAGCAGCAGCAGCAACAACAACAACAAAUGCCAACACAGCAACACACACCCUCACCGCGACAAUCGCCGUUGCAUCAGCAGCAAACAACGCAACAGCAACAACAACCAGAAAGGUCUGUACAGCAAGUGCAACCACAACAACAACAACUGCAACAGCCGCAACAAAUACCCCAACAACUUGCUACUGGGCAACAGCAGCAACAACAACAGCAGCAGCAGCAACAAGUCAUCACCCAGCGACACGUAAUAAACACUUCAACUGCGCAGGGACAGCAGAUAAUCCAGAGUCAUAUGAUGAGCAUACAACAGCAGCAGCAGAAACAGCAGCAAAUGUUGCAGCUGCAACAACAACAGCAGCAACAGCAGAUGAUACCUCAGCAGCAGCAGCAGGCACAACAACAGCAAUUGCCACAGCAACAGCAGCUUCAGCCACAGCCGCAACAACAGCUUCAGCCACAGCCGCAACAGCAGCAACAGCAAGUGCAGUUUACCCAACAACAAAACAUUGCGUUGGGUAGUGGCGGUCAGGUGCGCAUCAUACAGCAAACCAUACAGCCGCCACAACAACAGCAACAGUUGUUGGGGCAACAGUUUACGCAGCAGCCACAGCAACAACAACAGCAGCAGCAGCAGCAGCAAGUGUUGACGCAGCAGCCUCAGCAACAUCCAUUGCAACAACAGCAGCCACAACCAACCAUGCAGACCAAAAAGUUUAUUAUAAGUCAACAACAAUUCAGCCAGCUCAGCGCACAGCAGCAGCAGCAAAUUUUGGCACAGAAUCAGCAAAACCAAAAUGUGUUCAUAGUGAAUUCCACAAAUCUAUCGCAGCAACAACAGCAGCAGCAACAACAACUUGUGCAGCAGCGACAACUGCUACAGCAACAGCAACAACAACAGCAGCAGCAACAACAGCAAAUGCCCCAAAAAAUUGUGAUCAAUCAGCAAGUUAUCAGCGAUCCGCAGCGUUUGCAAUAUUUACAGCAACAGCAAUUGUUGCAGCAGAAACAGCAGCAGCAGCAACAGCAACAUCUUGUUGGACCGCCGCAGCAACAACAGCAAAUACUUAUUCAACAGCAACAGCCAGUGUCACAACAACAGCAGCCGCCGCAGCAAAUCAUGCAACAAGUGCUCAUUAAGCAACAGCACUUGCCACAACGAACACCACCGCCGCAGUCUCCACAGCAACAACAGCAGCAGCAACUGAUGUUGCAACAGCAAUCGCCGCAGCACCAUACGCAACUGCAACAGCAGCAGCCACACUGGUCGCCUCAAAGCCCUGUGACUAAUCAGUUGCCGCCCACCACGCCGGGCACGCCCACUACGAGCAUGGGCAUGCAGUCACCAUUGCCGGGCACGCCCACAACGCCCCAACAGCAGGCGCCACAAUUUGCGCCACGUGGACUGCGCCCGCAAACACCGUGGCCCGCACAACAGCAGCAGCAGCAGCCACAGCAGUCUCAACAACAGCCGCAGCAGCAACAGCAACAGCAAAUUGUGCUGCCACCGCCACAGCAACAGCAGCAGCAGCGCCAGCUAAUACAAUUGGACGAGAAAAUGCAUGCGCACUUCAUGUCGCUGGAUGCGCACAAACGUGCCGAGUAUAUAACGAAACUGAAUCAAAGCAAGCCACGUGUCAUGCUGCGCCAGCAGGUGGCAUAUCAGCCGCGUCCGGGUGCGCCCGGCAACGUGGUAGCAACACGUGCGCAAGGACCAGUGCCGGUGCCAGGGCCAGGCACAUCGCAUAUCAUUGUGCAAAGCCAAAUGCCCGGGGGACUAACGCAGCAGGAGCAAAUGAUCUGGCUGCAGCAGCAGGGCACACGACCAGUGGUAGUGCGUGCGGGUGGUGCACCCGGCUUGAGUCCCAUUACACAGCAACAGCAGCAGCAACAGCCUCCUGGCGGUGCACCGCAGCAACUACCUCAGCAACAGCAACCGUUUAAUCCCAAUGAUCCCAACCAGCAAAUGUUGUUACAACGCCAACAGUUGCGUGUGCAACAAAUUCCCAUGCAAGCGGCGCCGGCGCCGCAACUGGGCAAGCAGACGGUGCAGCUCAUACCCGGACCCAAUGGCCAGCUAAUCGAGCAGCAAACCAUUGUGCAACAGCAAGCCCAACAACAGCAGCCACCUACACCGGGCACGCCUACCACGCCCGGAACAGGCGUAGUUGUGGGUGGUCCGCCAGGAGGCAAUAUAAUGACACAAACAUUAGUCAUGUCAGCAACAGCGCCUGAUGGGCAACAGCAGCAACAGACGCCGCAGCAGAUGAACCUGAAGACGAAAACCGCUUUGGCCAAUAUGCUAAGCAAUCGCCUGGGCAACAAUGGACAGCAGGCGCCGCCACAACAGCAGCAGCAACUUAUUUCUAUGAACGAUGUACAGCAACAGCAACAGCAGCAGCAGCAACAACAGCAGCAGCAACAGCAGCAGCAGAUUGUGCAACAAGUGGUUGUUAGUGAUGCCACGCGACAACAACAGCAACAACAAUUGCUGCUGCAGCAACAGCAGCAGCAGCAACAGUUGGUUGUGGCUCAGCAACAACAGUUGUCAUCUGGACAGCAACAACAUGUGGAGACACCCUCUGCCGCUGGCACAUUGCGCAUGAUGGGACAGCAGCAUAAUGCUGCUGUCGGCGUGCCCGGCCCACCACGCACACCGCAGGAGCUAUUGAUGCUGCAGCAACAACAGCAGCAACAACAACAGCAGCAGCAGCAACAACAGCAAUUGUUACAACAGCAUCCUCAGCAAAUGCGACGUGUUGUCGGCGUGUCGCAGCAGCAGUUGCCACAACAACAUCUCGUACAACAACAAAUUGUGGUCGCACCGCCCAACAUGCAGCAGCAACAGUUGCCUGUAGGCGUGCCCGUACAAGUGGCCGGCGGACCACCGCAUGUUUAUAUGCAGGUGCGUCCCGGUCAGCCGCCCAUUCCGAUGCCGCCGCGUCCACAAUUCUAUGGCCACAAUCCGAAUUUGAAACUGCCCGCAGAUCUGUUCCUGGUUGGUUGCACUUUCUACAUUGUGGAGUACGACGAGACGGACAGCGAUGAGCUGCCCAUAUGGCUGGACACCAUACGACAAUUUGGCGGCGACAUCGAGCGCGUCUACUGCGCGCGCGUGACCCACGUCAUCUGUCGCACUCAACGGCAUGGUAUGGUAAUGCAGGCACUACGCGAUGCCAAGCGCUGUGUGACCGCCUACUGGCUAAGCGAUAUCUGCUUGAAGCGACAGCUGACGCCGCCGUGGCAGCCCCUGCAUUUGCCCUUCCCCAGUCAGUUUGGCUAUCGCAAGCCCCUGGAGCGCUACAUUAUCACAUCGGAGGGAUUCGAGGGCGAGGAGGUGGUGCGCUUGCAACAAAUGGCCGAGGAAUGUGGCGCCAUUUACACCUCCUACUUAUCAAAGGUGAACACGCUAGUCGUCUGCAAGCAACUGGAAGGCAACAAAUUCAACGCCGCCAAAGAAUGGAACAUUCCAAUGGUAAAUGCCCUCUGGCUGAGCGAUGUAUGCAUCGGCAAUCUGAGUGGAUUAACCCAGUACGAGAAUCCCAAGUAUCAGCAGUACAAUCUGGGAACACCAUUCCGCAUUGAAUGCAAUCUGGUGCAGCAUUUGCUAGCCGCUUGGAAGGCGCCCAUCAAUCUUACACAGGAAGCGCAUGAGCGUGUCAAGCGACAUCUGUCCGAUCCGUAUGCCAAUGAGCAGAAGCUGAAACGACAGAAAUUGUGCGUCUAUCAGGAGCAUCUUCCCGAGCAAAUUGUUUGCAUUGAAUAUCCACAGACAACAAAACCGCCCAAGGUCAUUUUCUCCCAGGUCGCCGAUGCGGACGCGCUCAAGAAAGCUGUCGAACUGCUGGGCGGCAUUGUUGUGGACAGUCCAAUGGAUGCAACACAUUUGGUCAUGACACGCGAGAGUCGCACCUGCAAAUUGAUUCAGGCGUGUUGCCAUGUUGACUAUGUGCUCAAGUCUACCUGGUUGGUGGAUAGCGCCAAGGCGGGCAAAUUCGUGCCGCCGGAUGAGUAUCGCAUACGGCACAUACCCGUCGAUGAGAAUUUGCAGUUCGACUUGGAUGCAGUUCUGUGUGCGCCGACACGCUCUACGCUCUUUGCGGGCAGAUACUUUUAUGUUACUCCGGAUGUAUUUCCGGCACGAGAUGAAAUCAUACGCAUGAUCGAAUCAUCCGGCGGCAAAGUGGAGCUUAAACGACGCAGCGGUGCAGCUGUUGCCGAGGCGCAUGUUCAAGCGCCAGACUCAUAUAUCAUUGUUACCUGCCCAACGGAUAUGCAUUUGUGCGCGGAUCUGACGCGUCAUGGCAAUCCCAAGUGCCAUAUUGUCUCCACGGAGUUUGUAAUGAGCUCCAUACUGCGGCAACAGCUGGAAAUUGAGCCCAAUUUGAUACCUUAUUUGUACAACAACAACAUUUCCAACAGUAGCAACAACAACAACAACAAAUCCUAGCGACAAGCUGUAUUCUUUUAUUUGUUGCUCAAAGCUUGAUCAUAAUCGUUGUUAAACAUCUAUAUAUGCAUAUAUAGAUAUGAUGUAUAUAUGUAUAUGUCUGUGUGUGUUGUCACGCAACAAACCCAUUUUCAUCGAGCCUGUGAGCUGUGAAUACGAAUCUAGUCCGCUGAUUGCGUCAACACUGAUGAAAAUCGGGUCGAAUCGAUUAUAUAUAUAUGCAAGCGGGCUCGUUAUCAAAACAAAUUGAUAAAAACUCUGCUACAGUUAUUUUUUGUAAGCACCAACUCAAACUGUUUGCAGUUCAGCUGCAAAUCGAGUCAUUUAAAACGAUCUAUCACAUCUAUAUAUUAGCUAGUUACAAUCUUACUCUAAGCAUAAAGUACAUUU